CAUAACAUCACAUGAUCUUCCUGACCUCAGUUCCGAAGAUCAUUCACUGAUGAAAGAUGGCUCCGCCAGCACCACCGCCGCCGCCUCCCCCGCCCAUACAAGGUGCUGAUACUGGGGUUGCUGCUACUCCUAAUUUGGAAGCAACGCAGGAGAUUGGAUCAGAUGGAGGUCAGAGUUCAGGAGCAGGUGCUAUGGCCUCUGGUACCAGCAAAGAAGAGAAGUCCAUGACACUGGAUGAAGUCAGAAAGCAGAGCUGUAAUUGGUCAAUGGCAUCAGAUGCUGGGCUGCUAUUGUACUUGCAAGAGUUCUCGCAUAAGAUGAUAGCAAGGACCAGUGAACUGGAGAAGAUGGUAGAUGGACUGGUUAAUGAAACAAAGAGUACAGACUCCAAGGUUCAUAACACUCUUAACGAUUUCUUGAUGAUUGCCAACACACAGUUUGUUGAAAAUCGUGUGUAUGAUGACUCUGAAGAAAUGGACAUGCAAAAUGCUGAAAAGACUAAUUCAGAGAAAAAGGAAGUUACAGAAGUAGACUUGAUACCCAAGGUAUCGAAAGCGUUAAACCUUGGUAUCAACGUAAUUGACACUGCAUUCGAUACAUUAGAUGCAAAUGCUGGUAAUUCCGACUCAGAAGAUGAUGAUGUUAGUUAUCGACAUGAACCAAUUCUUGAACCUAAGGACCCAUAUAGUCACCGUCCCCUGCCUCAUAUCAUUGGGUCAAGACUGUUUAUGGAAGAAGAUGAUGUUGGUCUCGUUGACUAUAUAAGUGAAGCUGAUGACCUAAGCGGUACAGCAAGUUCAGUGUCUGAGAGUGAAGAAGAGUCAGACUUAUCCGAGUCUGAGUAUUCAGAAUCAGAGAGUGAAUCAGAUUUAGAAGAAGGGGACAUUGUUGACUCUCCAGUCUCGGAUGCUGAUGAAGAUGAUCUGUUUGGAGGAGAUUCAGAUGAAUUUGAGAAUGGACCACAGAAGCCUGAUUUUACCUCAGAAUUGGCAGCGAAGAUUGCAGUAGGCGAUCAAAAAGAUCAACGAAGGGAUCGAUCAUCUAGUAAAUUAUCUACAACAUCAGGGAAAGACAAGAAGAAAAAGGAAUCUGAAAAGAAGGAAAAAAGAAGGAGGAGAACCUCUACAAAAUCAUCCUCGAAAAUGGAAGAUGACGAUCCAUUUGGUGUGCAGCAUCCCCCUGAUGAUAUUGAUGAUAUGGGUGCAUUUAGUGGGAAAGGGUUGUUUUCUGGUGGUAAAGGAUUGUUUGAUGAUGAGGAUGUUGUUGCUGAUGAUGAAGAUGGUCUGUUUGAUGACAAGCCAAGUAAACUUCAGGAUGCACCACCUGAGGAGGAAGAGACAAAACCAAAAGAAACCAAGCCAAGGGCUAGAACAAGAAGUGGUCGCAAGGUGCCGGCAGGCGGUGUCUCAAUGUUUGGAGCAGCCACCGAUGAGCUGUUUGGAUCACCAGCAAAUGAUGCAGUGGAAGAAGACGAGGUAGAAGCAGAUGAGGAAGAAUCAAAUUCAAACAGUACUAUCUUAAGGGCGCAUUUUGCAGCCGUGUCAAAGCGCCCUCUAUUCCCGAGUCGGAAUAAACAUUCACAAAAAUCAGUAGAUAGCAAGGGAGCUGGAGGGCUAUUUGAUGAUAAUGAAGAUAAUGAUGAAGAUGAUCUCUUUGCUGAUGCACCUGUUAAAAAGGAGCCAUUGAAGGCUUCAACAUCAUCAGGACUAUUUGAGGGAGAUGAAGAAGAUGAAUUGUUUGGUGAAAGUAGUGAACCCAAACCAGCGCCAGCAGCUCAGAAAAAGAAGUUACCAGCUGGAGCAGUUUCCAUGUUUGGUAGCAUUGAUCCUCUUGCUGGGAUGAAAAAGCACAUGUCAGACACUGAAGAACACCCAGAACCAGAGAAACCUGUUGAACCAGUCAAGAAACCAGUGGCCAAACCACAGAAGUCUUCCAGUCUUUUUGAUGAUGAAGAUGAUUUAUUUGGUAUUCCAUCAGUGUCAAGUAAAAAAGAAAGUCCGCAAUUGAGCAGAAACAGCUCCAAGUUAUUUGACGAUGAUGAUGAUGGUUUGUUCACUGUACCAAAGGAAGAACCAGCUAAACCACAGUCUGCGGCUUCUAAGAAGCAAGCUGCCAGCAUGUUCGAUGAUGAGGCUGAUGAAGAUGCUGGUGAUGAUUUGUUUGCAGCUGCAGCUAAACCCAAGGAGACUGGAAAGAAAAAGAAGCCUGUUGGAGGUGUUGCAAUAUUUGGUGGCGAAGAUCUCUUCGCGCAAAUAACACAGAAAGAGGAAGAGAAAACGAAAGAAACAGAAGAAGGGUCACCAGAGAAACAUGAACCAGUAUCAAUAAGAGAACAGCCACCAACACCUCGUAAAAACACAUUCAGCCUCUUCUAUGAUGAAGAUGAGAAAGAUGAGGAUGAAUUGUUUCCAUCAUCUUCGUCAUCAGCAGCAUCAUCUGGAGCACCGACGAUGAGGGAAGACACAGACCAGACCAAGGCACAAAGAAGACGUGCUAAAAGUAAAAGCGUAUUUGAUGAUGAAGACGUACUCUUCGGCUCACGGCAAGAAGAAGCACCCCAAGUGGAUCUGUUUAGUGGAACCAGUUCAUCGUCACCCCCGAAGCAGGACUCAAAAAAAGCGAAAACCGGAGAUAUAUUUGAUGAUGAUGAUGAUGACUACGAUGAUUUAUUUGCUGAAAAAAAGCUCCCGACCGAACUGCCUAAUAAAGUCACUUCUAGCAAACCGACCCCAGGUUCAUCACCAGGUCGGCCAAAGAACUUGUUUGUGGAUGAUGAGGAUGACGACUUAUUUGGCCCAGAAAAGCCUGUGAAACCACAUGUGAAACCACAAGUAAGAACUAAGCCUCCAAUAACAAAGCCACGAAACCAGCGGUUAAAGGAGCCGACUCGGCCACCUCCCCUUCCCAUCAGAUCAAACUACGUUGGGAGUGCGUCGCCCCCUGUAGUUAAAAUGAGACCAAAGAAAAAUGAGAGCAAAGGAAGUUCUGAUAUAUUGGCUGACAAAAAUGAUGAUGAUUUAUUUGGUAGCAAAGAGAAAAUUCCACCGAAGCCAGUUGGUGGCGCUUCUAUGUUUGGGACUGUGGAUCCUCUAAAUGUUGGGAAGGCGUCGGAAACGGAAGGUGAUACUGUAAGCAUUUCUUCAAGUGUAUCAUCAGACCGACCAACAGCCAAUGGCAUCAGUGCUCCUAAACAAAGAGAUCCUUUGUUCGGAAGUCCUCCCGAAGAUGGCGAUUUGUUUUCCCCCAAAUCAUCAACAUUCAGCGCACCUGGUUUUAAAUCAGUGAAGCCACCUGUUAUCAAACCUGUCAAGGCACCUGCAAAAAGACAGAGUUAUAUUGAGAAAAUGCAGGCCAACGUUACUAUUGAUCCAAGUAGAAUGAGGCCAGGAGCAGCUCCUGUCAUCAAGGAACCAGAGUCAGACACACUCACCUUUGACCAGCCUGCUGAAGCUAACACAUUACCUAGUUUGAAUAAGAACCGAGUGAAGGUUGGUUCCAGGCGUAGGCCUCCAUCAAGAAAUCGUAGAGAAGCAAAAUCCAAUGCUACAGAGCCGCCUGCACUACCCCCAGACCUUAGCAAUGACAUGGAUUUUGCAACAACUUACCAGCCAUUACCAGAUAUAGAUAGCCAAGGCAGUGAAACUUAUGAAUCAUACGAGGCCGUAAAGGGCUCUAAAUCCACAUACGCAAAGGUUGAAGUACGCUCAAAGACAUCUAAUGACAUUUCAGGUGUCGAUGACUUAUUCAAUGAUAGCCAAGUUGACCCGCUGUCACGAAGCCCACCUCCGCUGCCCGAUGAUGAAAUUCCAGUGAAAUCAAACAUUUCAAAAACACAGCUUUUACAAGAUGAUCCCUUAUUUAGUGCAAGCCCUGCCUCUAACAGUAACAACUCAAGCAAGUCGAACCAUCUAGAGGAGGAUGAUCUAUUUGGAGCGCCACCUAUUGUUGAAAAGCCUGUUAGUUCGUUGAAAGACAAUUCUACAUCAUCAAUCACAAAUUCACAGGAGAAAAAAGUAGAAAAAGACAAUGACGAGGAUGAUGAUCUUUUCGGAAGCAGUACUAAAAUUUCAGACAAGAGGAAGCAGAUAGCAUCCAGGAUUGAUGUGGAUGAGGAUUUGUUCAGCAGUCCAAGUAAAGCAGCUGCAGCAAAGGUGGAUAUUGAAAUUGAGGAGGACUUGUUCUCAUCACCUAGCAAAAGUAAAGACAAACCACCAAUGAGGGUCGCUGAAGAUGAACUAUUCACAAGUCCAAAGAAGGAUAGCAAACGACCAAAAUCGAAAACAGUUCGCGUUGACACCGACCUGUUUGCUGACACUACUGAUAUAUUUGCAGACAUUCCAAAUUCAAAAUCCAAGGAGAAAAAAUCAAAGAAAAAAACUGAUCCACUAUCUAAAGGAGUACAAGGAGAUGAUAUUUUUGCUGAUACCAGCUCUUCAAAACCCAAGAGGACAAAAUCAAAAAAGAAAACUGGUAGAAAAUCCGGCGGUAGCUCCAUUUUCAACUCAGAUGCACCAAGUAUAUUUGAUGAUCCAUUGAAUGCUACACAACAAGAAUAGUUUCACAUGGACCAUUAUAAAAGUUUAGCCCCUUAAAAAUCAACUAUUUGCUACUCACUAUAGCUGGUUUCUUUGACUAUCCAAGACGUUAGGCCCUUGAAGAUACUCUAACUGCUACUGAAGAUCCAACAACUGCUACUCAAAAAGACUGGUGUUAUGUGGAUCACCAAAGACGUUUAAGGCCUUGGCAAUCAACUGACUGCUACCCAAAGACUAGACUUACCUUGGCCAUUGGAGAUCCAAUGACUGCUACUAAAAAUACUGGUGUCAUGUGGCCCUAGUUGUGCAACUCACUGCUACCCAAGAAGACUAGAUUUGUCUUACCCUUGGAGGUCUAUCCCAACAAGACUAAACAUUCCUCUGCUCUUGGAGAUUCGCUAAAUGCUCCCCAACAAGGCUACUCAUGUGCUCUAUCAAAGACAUUAGACCCUUGAAGAUCCACUAACUUUUACCCAAGAACACUAGUUUUAUCUUGGCUCUUGCACUGGCUUUUGGAGAUCCACUAAAUACUCUCCACUAAGACUAAUCACUGUGAACCAUCAUGUAAUGUUAAGGCCCUUGGAGACUGCUACCCAACAAAACUACACAUGUCUCUCCUCUUAGAGGCCCUCUAUUUGCUCUUUUUCAAUAUUAGUCUUUGUAGGCCAUCAAAUAUGUUAAGGCCUACUAAUUGCUACCCAAGACUAUGCUCUUGUAGAUCCACUAAACUGUUGUCCAACCAGAAAACACUUGCAUUGGCCCAUAGAGAUUAUCUGUUUCCUACUUAACAAGACUAGCCCUUGAAGAUUAGUGAAACUGCUAUCUAACAAGACUGGUUUUAUUCAUACCAUGAUAUAGAUCUUUGGCGGAACCGCUGCCUACAAUGUCUAGUCUCGCAUGAACCACCCAGUAUGCCUCAGCCCUUAAAUUGCACUGAAGUGUCUAGCAUCUCUAAGAUAGUUGCUUGCAUUAGUGGAGAUGUGUGGAGUACUCUGUGGCUAUUGCUGCAAUGGAGGUUUCUAUAAAUAAACUUUGGAACUGUUGCACUACUGGAGAUUUAGAGAUUUUAAGACUGUUGGACCUGUGGUGAUAUCAAGAGACUGUAGAACUGUUGUACUGGUCGAUGUGUCUAAUGACUCUAGGACUGUUGUACUACUGAAGGUAUACAGUCUUUAGUACUGUUGUGCUAUGAGGAAGUGUAUAAGAGGCUGAAGAAAUGUUGCAUUAAAUGGCAAAGGCUAGAGACUGAGGAUGGAUCUCAUUUAGAUUAGUACUUAAAAUCCAUUUUAUACAUAGCUCCAAUAGUAUAUGAUAUGCAGAUCUUGAAGAUGAUAGUCUGUAUUUAAUCUCAAGGAUUUCUUAAUCCUAGAUUGUUUUCAUUGCGACAUCCCUCAAAAUGGAACUUGUGCUGCCAACAUAUCUCUUUGUCAAUCCCUUGGUGAAAUUUCUGUCUGCUCAUUUCUCCAUAUAUUGAUAAAAUUUAUAUUAAGAUUAUUAGAUGAAGUAAAUAAAUAAUUAUUUAACUAUCUGUAGCAGUGAGAUUGCCCAUCAAAAUAAUGACCAGCCCAGAGAUUACAUCUCAGGGAAUCAAAAUAUAUUUUUAGAUAUUACUGUAUUCUUUUGAUUGGUAAAUAGUUGCAGCAAAUGUCAAAAUGAUACAUCUAGAAUGCUUUCCAAUCCUAAAAAAUCAAGCUUUACCUUAUAUUAAUUCUGAGUGAACUUAAAGACUGUUUUUCCACUUGGCAACUUCAAUCUCGCGAACCAAAAGCGUUGGUUUGCUUCCUGAGCUGUGAUUGGUUGCACAUUUUUUUGCGUAGCAAAAAGUAAAAACAGUUCGAACUACUGAUUUCGCUGAAGCGAAAAACUCUGAUAGAAAUGUGAAAGCGCAUGAACCAAUACUUUUGAUUCAUGUGAAUAAAUUCACCUAGUGGAAAACAUUCUUUAUGCUUGUACUUUAAAUUCUAUAGCGCAAAUAUCCAAAUUUUGUCUUUUAGGUGCACAAUAUUUCGUUUUUAAAAUGUGUGAUGGUAUUUUUAAUAGAUAUGUACAAUACCAUGGUGACAUGAGUCUGCUCCACCCAGUCCUGCAGUGGUGGCGCAUUUGAGCAAGUUUACGGCCGUUUUGAAGGCAAAAUUAUUUAAAAAAUUCUUAUUGCUUUGUCUUGAAUUGGGCCAAACGUAGGGUCAUUUUUAAAAGCUUAAAUACAUAAAUACUCAUUGCCUUGUCUAUAAUAACUCUUGGUUUACUUGCUAUAAGAAACACAGCACUCUAAUAUAGGAACAGUAUUUUCAGAGAUCUUUAUUCAAUUCUGACAAUUUUUAUAUAAUCUACUGUAUAUUCACCCGUCUCUAUAUUUUCAUCUUUUAUGCACUUGAAGCAAGAGUCAGUACUUUCGAAAUGGUCAUAAGGGUAAAGAAUUCUGGAUGUUUAAAUUUAAAACAUGAAUGAAAAUUAUGUGGGCACAGUCGUAAUACAUAUGUGGGACUAGCACAUUAACAAGUAUUGAACAUUCUGUCAAUAAAAUUUUCAAUACACAAAAUAUUUCUAUGAUAAUAUUGGACAAUUAUGUAUUACCAAAUAUAGGCAGUUGCUGAAUAUUUCAGCAAACUGUAUUAAAUUUUAAAUCGUAAAAUAGUUGUUUUAAUUAUAGUUACCAUAUUGUGUAAAGAAUAGUGUAUUAUUAUGUUCAAUUUGUGUUUAAAUAUUAUGUUCAAUUCUUGUGUUAGAAAAAAAAAUGUGACUUUAAAAAUGAUAUGGCAUUCCUAACAACCAUGUCAUGUAAAUUUGUAAAUAAUAUUCAAACAAAAGUAAUUAUAAUGGGAAAAUAUAGGAUUAACGUUUAUACAGUGUUUAAUGAAGCAAAAAUUUAAACACUUAAAAUUGUAAGGAAAAUUAUCACUGAUAAUUUUGUUUUUUGAUGUUUUAAUUUUAUGUUCGUAAUUAUUGUCCAGCCAUCAAAUAUAUAUAUUAGAGUUUUUUGUAUUUCAUGUAUUAUUGAAUCCAUGGAGACCAAUGAAUAUGGAUCACCCAAUUUAGAAAUAUACUGUCUUGGUGCCGAAUUCAAUUAUUUAAUUUUAUUCAACAAAUUUAUUUAAACUAGAAUAAAAUUAAAUAUAUUAAUAACUUUAAGUUACUAGCUUUUGAUUGGAAAUUAGUAUAAGUAAGAUACCAGACACAUAAACAAUUUUUUUGCAUAAACUGAUUACCAACAAAACUGUUAUGUGAA